GUUCCUCCAUAAUAUUAGGGCGCUUGCAGGAGUCGAUUGAAUAAACAAGGUGGAUCAAUGUCGUGUUUUAUGGGAUUAUGAACUAUGUCGUCUCGAGACAGCGUUUCUGAUACUUUACCGCGUUUCGUUCAGCGUUAUCACCGCGCUUGAAGGUUAUAUGUUGAGUUUAAUAACGGCUUACAGACGGUCACAUCAUUAGCUAGCUGUCUGAGGCUAGUUUACCUCGCGAGCUGUUGUUUACAUCAUUAGCCAGUAAGGCGAUAUAGGUACCCAGACAGUGGAGGAGAAAUCACUAAAUUAAACGGGACUGUUUGGUCAUUUUUUAGAGCUAUAUGGCAGAGCUACAUAUUGAAGCGAACGCAGGUGGCCUGAUGGAGCAGAGCGAGCACCGGGAGACCCGCGGCUCCGUUAGCAUGCGCCUGCCGUCACCCAGCUUCGUUCUUCCAGCUCGGAGCGGUUCUUCCAGCCCGGGCCUGUCUGCGUCUAGAGCCGUAUUUGGCUUCCCGAUGAAGAGCAGCCCUUCAUCUCCAUCAGAAUCCACAGAGAAGCCGGGAUCCCGGUGGGUCCGGCUGAAUGUCGGGGGCACUUAUUUUAUCACAACCAAACAAACGUUAUGCAGGGAUCCCAAGUCCUUCCUCUACCGACUCUGUCAGGAAGAUCCUGAUCUGGACUCAGAUAAGGAUGAGACAGGAGCUUAUUUGAUUGACAGAGAUCCAACAUACUUCGGACCCAUCUUGAAUUAUCUGAGACACGGAAAGCUGAUCAUCAACAAGAACCUUGCAGAGGAGGGUGUUCUAGAGGAAGCUGAAUUUUACAACAUUGCGUCAUUGGUGAGGCUGGUAAAGGAGAGGAUACGAGACAAUGAGAACAGGACGUCUCAGGGUCCAGUGAAACAUGUGUAUCGUGUUCUUCAGUGCCAAGAAGAGGAACUCACUCAGAUGGUCUCCACGAUGUCUGAUGGCUGGAAGUUUGAGCAGCUUAUAAGCAUUGGCUCCUCUUACAAUUACGGAAAUGAGGACCAAGCCGAGUUUCUGUGUGUGGUUUCCCGAGAACUCAACAAUUCCACUAAUGGGAUUGUUAUUGAGCCAACUGAGAAGGCUAAGAUCCUACAGGAGCGAGGUUCCCGUAUGUGAGGGGAGACUUUCUUAGCUGUGCUGACACAGAUCCCCCUACUCCACCCUCUCCCCUCCUCACCUCUAGUCUCCCUUCUUUACCCAUACAGCUGACUCCAUCAGCUCACAUGGCUGCCCUUCCUCUCUAUCACCCUCCUCCCUUGUGCCUUUCCACAGUGGGGGUGUGUCCCCCCCUCCCUGCAGUGCUGCAACAUCGCCCAUCCUGCAUCAUCACUUGAGGUCACUGCUGUUAUCAAAAUAAAAAAGAAAUAAAAAAAGCUGCAAAAUUAGUUGAUGCGGGACUUACCAUGACAGCUAGAAAGUCCAAGUAAGAUUUUCGGGGUCCGUCAACACAACAGCUAAUGUAGUCAUCCACAAUGCCUCGGAACGUGAUCAUUAAUCGCCUUCAUAUCCUGGUCAUAAUCACGUAUAUAAACUCUGUCAUUGCUGGCAUGCUAGUUACAAGGAAUGCCUGUGCCCUGGUCAGCUAGGCUGUGUUUCCGUCGCCAGAAUCUCCUCAGGACUUCCAGGGGUGCAAAAAAAACA